AUGACCAAGGAAAUCAAAGAAUCAAUCACGUCAACCGAAUUGACAGAUGACCAGGCAACAAAGCUAGCCCAAUUGAUCUCAACAAUUCCAGACAUUCUCAAGAAGACCGAGAACCCAGAGUAUGAUGAGAUCUUUGGCUACAGAAUCAACACCGACGACCAAAGGUACGUUUCGGUGCCGCAUCGAAAUGAAAUCUUGAACAAGUUUCUUGCUGCUGACGGUUACGACGUGGCGUUAUCCACGGAGCGUAUAAUCAAGACUUUGAACUGGAGGAAUGAGUUCCAGCCAUUGCAUGCGGCCUUUGAAGAGCAAUUCCAUCCGGAUUUGAAUGAAUUGGGAGUGAUUACCAAUUUCCCCGAGGCCAAUGCCAAUCUACAUGUGAUAACGUGGAAUCUUUACGGCAAUCUCAAGAACCCCAAGAAAAUAUUCGAAAAGUUUGGCGGUGGCUCUGACAACAGCAACACUCAGAGGGAGUUACCCGGGAGUCAGUUUUUACGAUGGAGAGUUGGUCUUAUGGAGAAAUCGCUUCAAUUGAUUGAUUUCACCAGCAAGGAAAACAACAAGAUUGGACAAGUUCACGAUUACAACAAUGUCAGCAUGUUUCGAAUCGACCCUGGAAUGAAACAAGCCACAAAGGAAAUCAUCGAGAUUUUCGGCCACAAUUAUCCCGAGCUUUUAAGCACCAAGUACUUUAUCAACGUUCCCUUGAUUAUGGGGUGGGUGUUUACAUUUUUCAAAGCGUUGGGGAUCAUCAAUGCCGAUACGCUCAAGAAAUUUCAAGUGUUGAACCAUGGCGAUUUAACCGAAACUCUACCCAAGCUGGAAUUGCCUAAAUCUUACGGCGGUGGUGCCAGUGGUGAUGACGUUAAGAGUUUGAAUAAAGAAACCAUAUUUAGUUUGGAUGUUGGUGGUGAGAUUAAGUUGUCUGAGUAUGGGCAAGAGAUGUUGAAGCAAAACCGGGAGACGAAGAAUAUUGACGAGUUGUCAAUUGACUAA